CGGUCUUUUCCCCGGGUUGACUCCAACUCCGAAACGCUAUAAAGCGGUCCGACCCGCUGCUCCCCCUUUUCUCCGGUUCUCCCUCCCAGUGCCCCGUUCUUGCUCCCUAGAUCUCGUCGAGAAGCGAAACUAGGGGCGAAGAAAAGACGAGGAGUAGAAACCCUAAUUCCUCACACCAGCGGACAUGUCGACCAGGCCUUUACCUUAUUCGAUGCAAGACGUCGAUUACGACAAUGCCAAGUUCCGCCACCGAUCCCCAUUCAAGGUGAUUACUCAGGCAUUGGUUACUAGCAGUAUCAGAUAUGACUGCGGAAGAUGCAGCAUAGGAAAAUUUUUAGGGCUAUUGAUGAUUGUUGGGUUAACAUACUUAAUGGUAGGACAUAAAGUUUCCAAUCAUUCUCCGCCUAGUGAACUUUUGGAUGGAUUGGUGGUUGGGGAAGAUAAGCUUUCCAAGGGAGUUGUCCAUACAAUUGCAAGAUCUUGGAGAAAACCUCCUCGGCUUCCUCCUCAACUUCCUCCUGCCGAAGUGCGUAAUGAUACUUCUAAUUUUGAUCAAAAGAAGCUAUAUCCCAUGUCUGAAUGGAUAUCUAGGCAACAAAAGGUUAAAGAGACAUUUCACCAUGCUUGGUCUGGCUAUAGAUCCUAUGCAAUGGGUUAUGAUGAACUUAUGCCCUUGAGUCAUAGAGGAAUUGAUGGUUUGGGAGGUCUAGGCGCAACCAUCAUAGAUUCCUUAGAUACAGCCAUGAUUAUGGGUGCUGAUGACAUUGUUUCUGAAGCAGGGAUGUGGAUAGAAAAACACCUUACUGAAAGAAUCAAUACAAAAGGGCAGGUCAAUUUAUUUGAAACUACCAUUCGUGUUUUAGGGGGCCUUCUCAGCGCUUAUCAUUUAAGUGGGGGUGAACAUGGCACCUUGGAAGACAGUGGAAUAUCCGUGACUCUUGAAGGAGCUAAGCCAGAGGUGUUCUUAGAAAUAGCAAAGAAUUUGGCUGACAGGCUGUUAUCUGCUUUUACUUCAAGUCCAACAUCAAUUCCUUUCAGUGAUGUCAUUCUUCAUGAUAGUACAGCCCAUCCUUCUCCUGAUGGCAUGAGCAGUACUUCAGAAGUUUCAACCUUGCAACUUGAGUUUAACUACCUCAGCAAAAUUUCAGGUGAUCCAAAAUAUGGUUCAGAGGCAAUGAAGGUAUUGGAACAUUUAAGGACACUUCCCAAGGUGGAAGGUCUGGUGCCUAUUUACAUCAGUCCCCAAUCUGGUCAAUUUAAUGGAGAGAACAUUCGGCUCGGAUCUCGUGGUGACAGUUACUAUGAGUACUUAAUUAAAGUGUGGAUUCAACAAAAAACUGGUCGCAAUAGCCAGCUAAAGUAUCUAUAUGAGAUGUAUACAGAAGCAAUGAAAGGGGUCAGACAUCUUCUUGUUCGGAAAUCCAUACCCAAAGGGCUGGUUUUUGUUGGGGAGCUGCCCUAUGGAUCUAAUGGUGGCUUCAGUGCCAAAAUGGAUCACCUGGUGUGUUUCCUUCCAGGCACCCUUGCACUUGGUGCAACCAAAGGUAUCACAAAGAAAAAGGCAGUUGAAGGUAAUUUGUUAACUGCAGAAGACUUGGAGAAUCUAAAGCUUGCUGAAGAUCUGGCAAAAACAUGCUUUGAAAUGUAUUCUGUGACUUCUACUGGUCUUGCUCCUGAAAUUGUUUAUUUCCAUAUUGAGGGUGGUUCUGAAGGGGGACCUGGUGGUGGUAACAAAAGCUCCGAGUAUGUAAAUGAUAUAAUCAUCAAACACAAUGAUCGUCAUAAUCUUUUGCGCCCAGAAACUGUGGAAUCAUUAUUUGUGCUGUAUCGUAUUACUGAAGAUCCAAAAUACCGUGAAUGGGGCUGGCAGAUCUUUGAGGCCUUUGAAAAAUAUACAAAGGUGGAUUCUGGAGGUUAUACUUGUUUGGAUGAUGUCACAACAACACCCCCUCGGAAAAGAGACAAGAUGGAGACUUUCUUCUUGGGGGAAACAUUGAAGUAUUUAUAUUUGUUGUUUGGAGACAAUAAUGUUCUUCCUCUGGAUAAGUUUGUAUUCAACACAGAAGCCCAUCCUUUUCCACUUAACUGAUCUACAGACUAGCCUUAAUACUCCAACAAUCAUUCUGAGUAUAUCUUGACAAUGCAAGCUUGAGGAAACUCUAUUAUCUUGCGUUGUGAGGAAAGUCAGCCAUUGUCUUAUUGAUUGCCAAAAUUAUUGACAUCUGUGUGCUUGUCAGAGUUGUGGCACGGGAUUUUUGGCACUGGAGAGGUUGUGGGAUAUGUUCUGACAUCAAAUCCCCCCUGCAUGAAUGUAUGUUACAAGCAGACAUCGAGGAAGUGAUCGUCUACAAAAUCAAUUUUGAUUUUCUAGUUUCUGCAUCAUACAAAGGCUCACUUAUUCGAUAUCUACAUUCAAAGUUCCAUGCAACAUUGUUAAAUCUGGGUUAUCAUUGAGUUCAGUCAAAGCAAACAAAAUCAUCACUUAUUAGGUACUGGAUUUCCAUGGUUUAUUGUGAACCAAGCGGUCAGAUGUAAUUACUAUAUGAGUUUGCUGUUUGAUUAUUGGAGGUAUUGAAAUCUAGAUACCUAGGUUACUUGUUGGAAGUGAUGACAAAUAUUGAUUUGGAAAUAUGUGAUACUCUUUUGACAAUUUCUCAUGCAUAGAUCAAGGCUUACAUUUUGCCAAUGGGUAUUGCUCUAA